UUCACUCCAGCCUUUGGGCCUAUUCAUUUCUCAACAAAUCAGUCGUGUAGACUUCAUUUACAUAAUCCACACAACAAACUCAUUCCUCCAUGCAUCUCUGUCCUUCCUCUAUGCUCCAUGGUACAGCCAUAAAUAGAGCAAGAGCCUAUCUCUACCACCAGGGUUCACCUUACAAAAAGUAAAGUCUGACCCGACCUCGGUUUGCCAAAGUUGACUGCACCCCAGAGGUUGGGUCGAUAGGGGGUGUUUGGUGUGUUCACAAUGGGCCUGUUACGUUGUACAGAGCAAGGGGGGGGGGGGGUGAGAGAGAGGCUGCUGUACACUGUGUAUACCGGGUAAACAUCAUGACCGUCUGUACUUCGUUCCCCGCUAAUCUUCCCAAUGAUGGUGCUGUGAUAACAAUGUCGUGCCAUCCGUCAUAAUUUAAAUUGAACAAUUGUCAUCUGAUGUCAUACGGAGCUGGUGUAAUGUUACAUUACAGAGAACGAGUGGUGUUCUGCGUUGAGAUGUGAACUCAAUGAACGAAUCGCUAAUGGUGGACUGACGUCAAGCAACUUGAACACCAUACAUAGACCCGCGGCCUGGUCCUCUUGCUGGGAACGUGAAUAUGAAAUCAACCCUGGGAUCAUUACUAUUUUGCCAGACCAAAGAAGUUUGAAAGUCACCACACACUGUAUAUCUCUUGGUCCCUGUUUGCUGAUUUCUAGGCGCUAAUUAUUGAAUAUAGUGAGUGAAUUCAUAUACAUAUAUUUUUCAAAAGUUACGUAGGCCAAAAUGGUCACUCUCAAAGAUUUCAUCAAAGACAACUCGACGACAGAGACUUCCAACAAGAAGAGACGACUAAAGUUGAAAAAUUUAAACCCAUUUCGCAAUCGUAAGUACAAGACAUUGAAUGAUGACCUACAAAAUCCCGACUUUGACCCAAAUCCACAAAUUUCGAGCGACGGCGAUCAAAAUGUACCACCAUUAUGCUCGACCAACGAGAAGGCCGGCACCUUGGCUGCUGCGUCCAAACGACAGCUCCCCAAGGAACUGCUCCAAUCGGCCCGGGGUCGGUUGGGGUUGUCCAAGGUCAACCAAGAUGACCUGUAUCCAGGGAAAAGGGCCCGUAAAGAAGGUUCAUAUGAGUGCCUCAUUGAUACGGUAGAAGCUGAGCUGGUAUCAGGCGAUGACGUAGUAAGCGAUCCCUGCACUGCUGGUACUCUCUCCAACAGUGACUACGAGGAAACUUCGCAGAAUGGGAAUGUGAGGACUAAAAGACCAAGCAUUAAAAGAGUUGUAAUAUCUGAAGAGAUAGAGGUUAUAGAGACUGAAGUCGAGGGAGAGCUCAAGAAGAAAAAAAAGUCGAAGAAGAAGAAGAUCAAAAAGGCUGGUAAGAGAGCUAUCAAGUUCCUUGGACACGGUUUAACCAACAUGGCGAUGUCACUUCGAUACCUCACCCCGGAUGCUGCCAUCGCACCGGCCUUGAAUGAGAUAGCCCGUAAGAGGGAGGAGCGGUACAGGGAACUUUCUGCUGCGAUGGCGUAUACUAUGAUGACGUGAUGAUGUAGAUAACUUGAUCACCCAUGAAAGAGCCGGCCAAAAGCGGACAGCCCGAGCUCAAAUUCCGGCGCAAAUUCAACCCCACUAUAGCAUAAGGCUGUUGGCCCUAUAUGCAUUUCAUAGAACGAACGAGAAAAGAGGCAGACAGUUACAGUUUUACUCACUGCUGUAUACACAGGCACUCCUGCAACUUACUACUAAAACAAAUUUUUAUUUACAACCACAUUAUUGACAAAGUGAAAUGCAACAGUUUUGUUCCAAACGGGAGCCCAGGGUUUAUCGGCCGAACCUGAAUAUUUCUGAAAUUUGCAGUCAUAGAAGACCUAACAAAUAAAAAGAAAAUGACAAGGGAGGGGGGGGGGGGCACCUAAUCAUGAUGAAAACAAGUGUUUUUUCUUUCUUUUGGGAUUAUUUUUUUAUCAUAGUUUGAUAAAGAAAAUAUCGAAUAAAACACAUUUUGCUAGCGUUGAGAUUGCAAUAAAAGCCAAACCUUUAAGAUGAUAUUUUUAUGAAACGUACUAUGAAAAUACAAACCCUGCAAGAAGUUUUGUACAAAAUAAUGUUUUAUGUGGAGAGUGCACUUAAGGAAAUCUCGUGAUAUAAAUAAGUAUGUGUGAAUUUGUGAAAUAUAAAAAGGACAAAGCCAAACUAUUUGUUAUUAGGAGUGUCCACUUUCAUCGAGACUGUCAAGCGAAACUGCAAGUGGCCCAGAUAUAACAGAUUUAUAAAGUUACCAGCCAUAAAAUGUUUUUAAAAACUUGUUCUCUGCCUAAUUUUGUCUAAUAAAGCAGGGACAUUUGAUAGGCACAUCUUUUAACAUAAGUUUUAUGAAACUGAGCACAGCGCUGGUAUUUUACUGUAUAUAACAAUGUGAUUUUUUUUGACAUAAGGUAAUUUAAAUGAUGGUUAUUUUGAACUGGAAUACUGUGCUUAGAAGUAUCCAAUCAUGGAAUUAUAAUUAACAUUCACGUGAUUCAAUUCAUGUAC